AAGAUGCGAGCGUCCUACGGCUGGUGCAACUUCUCGUGCUUCUAUUGGCGAUUCAACUGGAUGCUUUCGCGCUGACUCCUGCUGGACGCAGCGCGCAUUGCGGGGGUCAACCGUCGAACCAGGCGACAAGCUUGAACGGACCAGGGAAGCUGGCCGGUGUGGGAUCGUCCUUGCGCUCGGCCCAAGGGCUCUCUCCCGAGUCGCGCGCCAAGGUUCCGUUGACGGUGCAACGCAUGUCCGGUGGUGGCGAGGGCAGCCAGGCCGCUAGCGAAGAGGGAGACAAGUCUGGCAUGUCGGCGUCCGUCUUCAACCUGGCCAAGAACAUCUUGGGCGCUGGAAUGCUCUCCUUGCCGAACGGGGUAGCUGCGUUUUCGGAUUCCAGGAAGGCCAUUGUCCCCGCCUCCUUGAUCAUCGCCGCGCUGGGCGCCGUGUCCGCCUACACCUUCGUGCUGAUCGGCCGCUCCUGCGCCGAGACCAACGCGGAGUCCUACGAGCAGUCCUGGGCGCGCACGGUGGGGCAGAAGUCCGCCUGGGUGCCGGCCGGCGCGUGCGUGGCCACGUGCUUCGCCGGGUGCCUGGCCUUCACGAUCAUCAUCGGGGACAGCUUCUCGGCGCUGGCCAAGACCUUCGGCGCGCCCGCGCUUGUCGCCAAGCGGUCGAACAUCAUCAUGGCGGUCUCGGCCACGGUGCUCUUGCCCCUGUCCCUCCUGAAAAACCUCAAGUCCCUUGGGUUCACGAGCAUGCUGGGGACCUCGGGCCUUGUCUACACGGCCGUCAUGAUGGCGAUCCGCUUCUUCGACGGCUCUUACGCGGCCGGGGGGAAGUUUCACGCCCUCUUGCCCGCGGCCGGGGCCCCCGUGUUUGACGCCAAGGGCACCAAUCCCAUAUGUUUCCUGGUGCUCGUCUCGAUGCUGUCCACGGCGUACGAGGCGCACUUUAACGCGCCGCUCUUCUACCGCGAGCUUAAGGACAACACGGUCCCGCGGUACAGCAAGAUGGUCUCGAUCUCGUUCCUUGCGAGCGUGGCCACCAUGACGGCGGUGACCGCCUUCGGGUUCAUGACGUUCGGCGGGGCGUCGAGCGGUUACAUCCUCAACAACUACGCCACGACGGACCGCCUGGCUACCGUGGCGCGCGUGGCCGUGGCCUCCAGCCUGGUCUUCUCCUACCCGCUCUGCUUCGUGGGCCUCCGCGACGGCAUCCGCGAGAUGAGCGGCGCGAAGCCGGGGGAGACGCGGAAUCGAACGAGGUGGACGGUGGGUCUCCUGGCCGGGGUCACGGCGGCGUCGCUCAAGCUCACCGACCUGGGGUUCGUGAACUCCUUCGGCGGCGCGCUCAUCGGCUCCGGGAUCGUCUACGUCUUCCCGGCGCUCAUGUUCCUGAAGCCGCUCAUGAGGAAGUUUAAGGACAAGGCGGUCGCCGCCGCCGCCGCCGCCGGCCAGAAGCGGGAGAUGUCGCUGAACGCGGGGAUUGUGGCGGUCGGGGUGGCCAUGGGGGUGCUCGGGUGCGUGAUCAGCGUCCUGGAGACGUUCACGAAUGUCUUGGGGAUUUAG